AAGAUGGCUGCGGCUGGAUCAGUGAUCAGAUUAAUCCGCUGCUGUUAAAUCUGUUAUUUCUCUCAGUGUGUUUGAGUUAUUAUUGUGUUUUUAUUGUGUGUUUGAAGAGUUGUAGUUGUGGAUGAUGUCGGACUCGGAGGAGGAGAUUCAGGAGCGGCAGCUGAAGAUUGUGCUGUUGGGAGACGGAGCGUCUGGAAAGACGUCUCUCGCCACACGUUUUGCACAAGAGGCUUUUGGGAAACAGUAUAAACAGACAAUUGGGCUGGACUUCUUCCUGAAGAGAAUCACCCUGCCAGUAAAUCUGAACGUGACGCUGCAGGUUUGGGACAUUGGAGGACAAACCAUCGGAGGAAAGAUGCUCGACAAGUACAUAUAUGGAGCACAGGGCGUGCUCCUGGUGUAUGACAUCACUAAUUCUCAGAGUUUUGAGAAUCUUGAAGACUGGCUGAACAUGGUGAGAAAAGCCAACGAAGAGUCCGACACACAACCUGCCAUAUCACUGAUUGGAAACAAGAUUGAUCUGGAGCACAUGAGGACAGUAAAGAUGGAAAAGCAUCAGCGUUUCUGUCAGGAGAACGGACUCAUCAGUCAGUUUGUGUCUGCAAAGACUGGAGACUCGGUGUUUCUGUGUUUUCAAAGACUGGCAGCUGAGAUUUUGGGCAUAAAGCUGAAUAAAGCCGAGAUUGAGCAGUCGCAGCGUAUUGUCAAAGCAGAGUUGGUGGAUUAUCCUCAGGAUGAGGGACCAAUCAGACAAGACAACAAUCAGAGCAAGAUCUGUUCUGUCCAAUAACAUACGUGGUUAAAGCAGAUAUAGUGAACUACAGUCAGGAGUCGGUGGCUCGAGCUGUCAACCCUCCUCGCAGCUCCAUGUGUAACAUACAGUGAUCAACAACAUGCUCUCUCCAUGUCUGUCUGUCUCGCUCAUGUCUUCAGCUCUAGUGAGUGUCUGUGAUCACAAGUGUUGUGUUUUUAAAGAGGCUUAUCUGACUACAGAUGGGACGCUAAACUCACUCAUCCAGAGCAAUACAUAAACAUCAGAACUGAACAUCAUGAACAUUUAUUUGACUCAUUUGCCAAUUAGAUAUUGUGCUUUUUGAAAGAGCUUUGAUGUACAAGAGUAGAAUAGAGUUUUACCAUUGGAAAAAUUGCUUACUGUUGUAAUUUGAUUGUCGCUCUUUAUGAGAAGCUGAUAUACAGUGAGUGAUAAUCUGCUGUCUGACGGAAGCAGAUUCUUAUAAAGGAUUUAUAUGUGUAAAGGCUGCUGGUUGUGGCUGAGAACAACUCGAGAUCUCACCGCUACUGAACUCAUUCACACCGACAGAAGCCUAACUUCCUGCGGUCAGAGGUUACAGCAGAUUAUUGCAUUUUGAGAGAAAGUACCAUUGAGGAAGGCCAUUCUGAACAUGUUUUACAAUAAAUAAAAUUAAAAACA